AGGGCGAGCCGGCUGCCACUCGGGAGGCGGGGAGGCGCGGCGAAGCGCCCGCCGGUUUGGCUGGGGGCGAAGCAAAAAGAGAAGAAAGAGCGAAAAAGAGGCGAAGCGGCCGAGCCGAGGGAGCCGCGUCGUUGUCCUCGGCGGCGGCGGCGGCGGCGUCUCCUCCUGCUCCUCCUUCCCUCGCACGGCCGCAGCCCCGCGACCCCUUCCCCUCAGCCCUGUCUGCCCCUCGACGCGCCAUGGAGGAGGAGCGGGCAGGAGAGCAGAUGAGACCGCUACUCACGACGGGUCAUGAUGAAGAAGCUGUUGUAGAUACGGGUAAAAUCAGCUCCACCAUCAAUACAAAUUUUGAGAAAGAAGAACUAGAAAGUCACAGAGCUGUGUAUAUUGGUGUGCAUGUCCCCUUUGGGAAGCAAGGUCGACGGCGUCACAGGCACCGUGGGCAUAAACAUCAUAGAAGAAGAAAAGAAAAGGAAAGUGAUAGAGAAGAUGGGCGAGAAUCUCCAUCUUAUGACACGCCAUCGCAGAGGGUACACUUUAUCCUGGGUACUGAGGAUGACGAUGAAGAACACAUCCCCCAUGAUCUGUUCACAGAAAUGGAUGAACUUUGUUUUAGAGAAGGGGAAGAAUAUGAAUGGAAAGAAACUGCCAGAUGGCUGAAAUUUGAAGAAGAUGUUGAAGAUGGUGGUGAUAGGUGGAGCAAACCCUAUGUGGCCACUCUGUCUCUCCAUAGCCUAUUCGAAUUGAGGAGCUGUAUUCUAAAUGGGACAGUCAUGUUGGACAUGAGAGCCAAUACACUGGAUGAAAUAGCAGAUAUGGUGUUGGAUAACAUGAUAGCUUCUGGUCAGCUGGAUGAAUCUACAAGAGAGGGUGUCAGAGAAGCUCUUCUAAAGAGACACCAUCAUCAGAAUGAAAAAAAAUUCAGUAAUCGGAUUCCCCUGGUGCGGUCGUUUGCAGAUAUAGGCAAGAAACAUUCUGACCCUCUCUUGCUUGAAAGAAAUGGGGAAGGCCUUUCAGCCUCCCGACACUCUUUACGAGCAGGUCUCUCUGCCUCAAAUAUUUCCCUGAGAGGAGAGAAUCGCUUGUCCGUUCUUCUCAAUUACCUUCUUCCUGGAACUCCAGCAGCUUCAAGGAGCACAACUCCUUUACCUACCCCACAAUGCACUCCACCAUCCAGUCCUAGGUGUGGCCACAAGGGACCCACAAAUUUACAGCCAAGCGAGCUUCAGUGUCCUGAACUCCUAGUGUCUCCUGCUAAUGAUGAUAUCCCGAAAGUAAUAAUCCAUCCACCUGAGGAGGAUUUAGAAGCUCAGGAAAGCAAGGAGAAGACAUCAGAGGAUGAUAGUGACAUAACACCAGGACUCUUAGCCUCCCCACAGUCAGCACCUGGUAAUUUGGAUACUGGAAAAAGUGUCGAUAUUAAAAGCAGUGGAACAGGAGGAAGCAGAGAAAACAGUACUGUUGAUUUCAGCAAGGAGUCAGCCUCCUGGCACUGUAGUUGUGGCACACUUAGUGUGGGACUCAAGAGGCCAGCUGUAGACAUGAAUUUCAUGAGGAAGAUUCCCAUGGGUGCAGAGGCAUCAAAUGUGUUAGUGGGAGAAGUGGAUUUUUUGGAAAGACCUAUUAUUGCUUUUGUGAGAUUGUCACCUGCUGUGCUUCUCUCUGGCCUUACAGAGGUUCCUGUUCCUACUCGAUUCCUUUUUCUUUUGUUGGGUCCAGCGGGCAAAGCACCUCAGUACCAUGAAAUUGGCCGAUCAAUAGCAACGCUUAUGACUGAUGAUGUUUUCCAUGAUGUUGCUUAUAAAGCUAAAGACCGAAAUGAUCUGCUAUCUGGAAUUGAUGAGUUUUUAGAUCAAGUGACUGUUUUACCCCCAGGAGAGUGGGAUCCAACUAUACGAAUUGAACCACCUAAAAGCGUUCCUUCUCAGGAAAAAAGAAAGAUACCUAAAUUUCCAAAUGGAGCUGCUACUCCAGGAGAACCUCUCAAGGAAGAAGCCCAUCAUGCUGGACCUGAAUUACAAAGGACUGGAAGGCUUUUUGGUGGUUUGAUACUUGACAUCAAAAGGAAAGCACCUUUUUUCUUGAGUGACUUCAAGGAUGCAUUAAGUCUGCAGUGCCUGGCCUCGAUUCUUUUCCUAUACUGUGCCUGUAUGUCUCCUGUAAUCACUUUUGGAGGGCUCCUUGGAGAAGCUACAGAAGGCAGAAUAAGUGCAAUAGAAUCUUUAUUUGGAGCAUCAUUAACUGGGAUUGCCUAUUCGGUGUUUGCUGGGCAACCUUUGACAAUAUUGGGGAGCACUGGACCCGUUUUAGUAUUUGAAAAAAUAUUAUAUAAAUUUUGCAAGGAUUACAAACUUUCUUACCUAUCUCUAAGAACCAGCAUUGGACUGUGGACUUCAUUUUUAUGUAUACUGUUAGUAGCAACUGAUGCAAGCAGCCUUGUGUGUUAUAUCACUCGAUUUACCGAGGAAGCUUUUGCUGCUCUCAUUUGCAUAAUUUUUAUCUAUGAAGCACUGGAAAAGAUUUUUCAUUUGGGAGAAGUGUACGCUUUCAAUAUGCACAAUGACCUGGAUAGGCUGACACUAUAUUCAUGUGUAUGUUCAGAGCCACUGAAUCCCAGCAAUGAAACCCUGGAACUAUGGAUAAAGCAUAACAAAUCUGUAGAUACCAUAUCAUGGGCUAACCUUACCGUUAGUGAAUGCAAGACCUAUCAUGGUGUGUUUCAUGGAUCAGCUUGUGGUCAUCAUGGUCCUUAUUUCCCAGAUGUCCUUUUUUGGUCUGUUAUUUUAUUUUUUACAACAUUUUUCCUCUCUUCUUUCCUUAAGCAAUUUAAGACCAAACGCUAUUUUCCCACUAAGGUGCGUUCUACAAUAAGUGACUUUGCUGUAUUUUUGACUAUAGUGAUCAUGGUUUUUAUUGAUUACCUUGUGGGAGUUCCUUCUCCUAAACUUCAUGUGCCUGAAAAAUUUGAGCCCACACGAAGUGAUCGGGGAUGGCUCAUAGACCCUCUAGGGCCUAACCCUUGGUGGACACUCAUGGUAGCUGCAGUUCCUGCUUUACUCUGUACCAUUCUAAUUUUUAUGGACCAGCAAAUUACAGCAGUCAUCAUAAACAGAAAGGAACACAAGCUUAAGAAAGGCUGUGGCUAUCAUCUUGAUCUGCUCAUGGUUGGCAUUAUGCUAGGAAUAUGCUCCAUAAUGGGCCUGCCUUGGUUUGUGGCUGCUACUGUUCUUUCUAUAAGUCACGUCAACAGUUUAAAAGUCGAAUCUGAGUGCUCUGCUCCUGGAGAGCAGCCGAAGUUUCUGGGAAUCCGUGAACAGAGAGUAACGGGAUUAAUGAUCUUUGUUCUAAUGGGAAUGUCAGUGUUCAUGACUUCAAUAUUAAAGUUUAUUCCAAUGCCAGUCUUGUAUGGUGUUUUUCUUUACAUGGGAGUAUCCUCAUUAAAAGGCAUCCAGUUUUUUGAUCGCAUCAAACUGUUUGGAAUGCCUGCCAAGCAUCAGCCGGAUUUGAUCUACCUGCGGUAUGUGCCUCUCUGGAAGGUCCAUAUAUUUACAGUAGUUCAGCUUACUUGUCUUGUUCUUCUGUGGGCAAUUAAAGCCUCUGCAGCUGCUGUUGUUUUUCCUAUGAUGGUAUUAGCUCUGGUUUUCAUUCGCAAACUUAUGGAUUUGUGUUUCACCAAACGGGAACUCAGUUGGCUUGAUGAUCUUAUGCCAGAAAGUAAAAAGAAGAAGGAAGAUGACAAAAAGAAAAAAGCAAAGGAAGAAGCUGAACGAAUGUUUCAGACAGUGGACAGUGAAACUGUACACCUUCCAUUUGGAAGAAGCGAUGUGUUAGAGAUUCCUGUGAAAGCUCUAAAAUACAGCGUUGAUCCUUCUGUUGUAAACAUAUCAGAUGAAAUGGCCAAAACUGCACAGUGGAAGGCUCUUUCCAUGAACACAGAGAAUUGCAAAGUAACAAAGUCUAACUUGAGCGCUGAAAAAGAAGAGUGUGUGAAAAUAGACAUGGAAAAUGCAUCUGAAACAAAGUAUGUAGAUGCUGAAACCUCAGUAUAGAAGUGAAAUUGAGGCUAUAUCAUUUUAUAGGAUAUAAUGUUCAAGGGUGAUUUCUGAACUUCUUUCAUGUGCUGAAAUUUGUAGUCUGAAUACUCUGUGUGCAGCAACAAGACUUUUUCAGACAAGAAUGAAGUUGUGAUCGCUUUGGAAAUAUUUAUUUUUAGUGAAAUUUUUAUUUUAAUUUUUUAAAUAGGAAACUCAAAAUUACUUUUUAGUUACCAUUACAUGCAUAAAUGUUAGAUGUGUAUAACUGUAAAUUAUUGAUUGUCUUUACAUACAUAGCUGUUUUAGAAUUUAUUGUGAUAUUGAUGCCCUGUGUAUCAGGCAAUUACUGUUUGGGUUUUUGCAACAUCAGUCUCCCAUUGAACAAAUUUCCAGUGAGACAUUUCAUGACAUUGCAUUUUCAAACCAUUCUCACUUUAUUUUGCUAUUUAUUGGAUUCCUAAAUUCAUAUUAGUGGGAAUAAUGUCUUCAUGUGAAAAUUAUAUAAUUUCAAUGCUAUUUAAAGUGUUUUUUUAAAAAAUAUUUCCAUCUCAUACUGUAUAGUAGAUACCUUCACAGAUCUAAUCCUUUUGUCAUGUUCCACAUCAUAGAAAACCCCAGAAGACCUUACUGAGUUCUGAUGUAGGGCUUGCCGCUCUAUGCCAUGUUUUUAGCUAACUGUCUCCACUAAAACAAAUGAGGCUGCUUCCCCAGACAAGGCUGUGGGACUGAGACACAGAUGUAGGGCUCUGCAUUAGGGUGCCAGUUUAAAUUGUAAAAAUAAACAGAAUUGUAUUGGUUUAGUAAGCAACUUCACAUAGAUUCUGAUUGUCUAAUAAGUUCCUUUCUUCUGCACAUACAUAAAUGCUAUUGACGACUGAAGAUAAGUCCAGAGAGGUGAGUAAAAUCUUUAGACUAGUUUCUCAUUCCUGAAACCUUAAUUUUUUAAUAAGUUGAACUUUUGCUGUAGUAUUAGGAUCAGUGUUUGUUAGAUUGGCAGGUAAAAUUAUGAGCUUUAUACUUGCAGUUCGGAUUCCUUGCUCUGUAAGGGCAUAGCAUAUUAAUAAGAUAUGGGCCAGACAGCUUAAAUAUUUAAUUCUGUACAAAAAAUAAUAAUAUUUUGGGUAUUUAAAAUGUUUGAUUUUUGCAAACAGAGCAUAAUUUAGGGAAUAUAACUAAAAUAGCUGACCUAGUUUUAAAAUAUAUUAAACAGUGUAGCUCAGUGUAACUCCCAAUGAAGUCAACAGCACUUAAAUCAAUGCAGAAUACACUUAUAUGGAAGUAAAUUAUUAAUUGGUCUUAACUUCCAAAUCAGUCGAUCCCCCACUUAAAGCUCAAAUGCAUGCAGAACUUCUAUGACUUCUCCUAUGACGGGCGUGAAAACUUUGCUUCUUUGGGACCUUCAUGAGCCCUUGAGAGCUUUCAUGUGUACUAAGCAAACAUUGGGCUAGGGUUAUUGUGUGCAACAUUAAUUUAGCUUCAUAUAUGCAUUGACAGAAUGUAAACAUUUUAUUUAAAAAUAAACAUGUUAAUAUCUUUUAUCAGUGUUCUUGCUUUUAUAAAAAUGAACAUAGUCUCCCACACCAAAAAACCACGAGAAAAUAGCCAUUAACAUCAGAAUAUAAAUAUUGCUAGUUAUGUAAACCAUGUUUCCAUAAUGCAAAUGAUGUUUUGCCAGACUUUAUUUCCCUCUGAAUAUCCCACAAAUAUAAAGCUUACAUAAUUUGCAGUGUUGUCAUUUGUAGAACCCUAUUUAAUCAGUCAACAAUUAGAUAUGAUUAUUCCCUUUAUUUGAAAAAUGCUGCUAAACUUUUUCUGAACUUGAAUAAAACGCUUGUGCUACUAAACCAUUACACAUGGGAGUAUGAACAAUGCCAUUUAAGUGAAGUAAAAGCUGAGGCCUUAAGCGCCAUCAAAUUAGUUUUGCACUUUUGGUUUCGCUUUUAUACUAUAAUUGGAAACAGUGUGGCUAUAUUUCCCCCUUCUUGGCUGUCUGUAUCUUUUGUGCCUUAGCUAGCCUUCUUCAAUUAAUAUGCACUUUUUAAACAAUGUGAAAAUCAUGACAGUUCGUCACUUUUCCUUUUCUCACACGCGUUCAAUGUCUGUAACAAUCAUAUUUAAAAUAAUUUAUUCUGUUUUGCUGCAGUCAAGGGAGAAUCAUGUCUGUAAGUGUAUGCAGCUUUCAAAGAGUUGUUAAGCCAUGUUACUGUGUAUGUGGCUUCAAAGUCUUCCAAUACUGUAAACCCACAAUUUGCAAAGACCCAAACAGAGUGUCCUGAAUUUUAACCCUUUGAUUUCAAAACCUAGAAUUCUGUAUUACUGAAUAGUUUGUAUCAGCUUUUCAGUGCCAAAAGGUUAAUGUGUUUUAGUCAUUUAAAUGAAGAUCAGAAAAUUGUGUCGAAUCAUAUUUAAUUCUCUUUUUGUUAGAAAAAUACUAACCAGUGCCAGGAAUCUCAUGUUUUGCAAAGUAGUUUACAUUGAUUGUUCCAUUGUUUAUGGUUAACGUAUUCUUAUAUAUUUUAACCUUUUGAUAUCAGAUAUGUCCUGAUGACAUGCUGAAAACACCAAUGAUAAUUUCUAUCUAAAUCUACUGCUUAUUUUACUUCAUACAAAUGUUAUUUCCUUCUCUGUAAUAAAAAGGAUAGUAUUAAAGAAAGACAGUGAAGGACAUAGCUGUUACUGUACAUAGAUAUAAAUGUUGCCUUACUAGGUGCAAAUGAGCAGGGGUAAUUUACUGUGCACUGAUUUACCUAAAGCAAACCUAAUUUAAAGCCAGUAUAUUUUAAUUUAACCUGUAGAUAUCUAAGCAUCUUUAUAUACCUUUUUCAUCUCCUGGUGUAUGAAAUUAGAUUCCUGUGUACAUGACUGCCGAGCUAUCCUAAGGAAACUGUUUAAAAAAAGUUUAAAUGUUUAUUUUUAAAGGUAAAUGUUUGACAGACAGUAUCUGACUUUGAAUUUGAUUUCUUCUAAAAACUCACUAUCCCAUUUUGAGUCUACAACACAUAAAACUGGAUUUAAGAGUUCUUUUCCAUGGAUGGUGGGACCUUCUUCUAAUAGAAGAGACAUGUUCUACCAGUUCAAGGCUCCUUAUGCUAGAAGAAGGUACCACCUUUAGAGAAAACCCCUGGAUCAAAGCAUGUUUAACAAUGUGAAUUCUCAUUAUCCUUUAAUUUGCAGUUCUUAUAUAUCACACACUAUAUUACAUGUAAGUCAUACCAGGUGAUCAAGGUAACAUACAAUGUGCAAGCCAGUGUGGCAAUAUUUUUCUGUUGAGCAUUUCCAUUGAUUUUAGCAUCCAACAGAACAUUUACAUUUUAUUCUCAUUUCAAAUGCAUUUAUCUCUAUGUACAGUAGUCUUGUAAAAUGUACCCUUUGUAAAGGUAGGUUUUAAAUGUAAAAUGUCCAUGGAUAGGUGUGAUGCAUUACAAAAAAAAAUGCACUGGUCUGCAUUGUGUAAAAGGAUUGUGUAUUGUACAUAAAUUUUGUAAAUGAUUUGUAUUGAAGUCACCUGUUCAGAAUGUCUAGAUCAUUAGCACAAUAUGCUGAAUAUAUUUUACUUUUUGUUCUAUUUGGUCAGUAAUUUAAUGUGUCAAAAAUGAUUGCUGUAGGUGUCAUCCUUUACUUAAUACUGUACAUACGUUGUGAGCAACCAUUCGUUUUAGUGAAUGUACAAGCACCUAGUUGUGUGUCAAAGUAUACUUGUAUUCUGAAUACAGAUGUCUUGUGAUUUUACUAUUUGGCAUUUUUUUACUUUGAAACUUUUUAGUGAACUUGUCAGUUAUAGGAAAGGGUUACAUUUGAUGUGAAAAUAAAGGUUUUCAUAUUUAGAACGUAUUGUCACUAUUGGCAGUCUUGGAGUAAUGUAUUUAAUAGCCUUUUUUUAUAAUGCAGUUUAUUAAUCAGGAGAUACAUCCUUUGUAAUAUUUUUCCCUUUUGUUACUGAUGCUUUGUUUUGUAAACAUGUCUUCCAGUGUUCAGAGCAUCUACCUGAACAAAAACAUUUACUUGGACUUGAGGUGUAACUAUACACUUUAUUCCAAUUUUUAUGACACUUUUCUAAUUACAUAUAUUUCCUUUUAUAAUAAAAUCCAAAGCAAGUUGACACUGUUCCAAAUGUAAAAAACAAUAUUUUAUUAAUUUAUAUAAUGCCUAUGAAUUUUUCUCUGAUAUGUAAAUUGAAAAAUCCAGCCUUUACAAUUUGAUUAAUGACUGUUGCAAAAACUAUUUUUUGUAAUGUUUCACAAAGUUGACAAAAAAGCAAUAAAAUGCCACUGACUUUAA